AAGAAAUUAAUAAGAAGCGAUCAUGUUUUAAGUGCAGCAAGUCACAGAAGCAAGCAGGUGCGAAAGCAGUGUUAUUUCCGAAAAGUGUUCUUUGAGAGAGAUGAUGAAGGGACUGGUCCACCCAUGACAUGAUCAUUGAAGGGUGAAGCAAACAGCCUCGGAUUUCGACUUGAGUAACCAUGUCUUUAACAUGGGCCUCUGCUCUCAACAUCACAGUUCUGCUUCUCCUUGUUGCUGCUGCUGUUGUUGCUUGUUUUACCCUCCCAGUUGACAAGUUUCUGAAGGAUUUGUUGGCAUGGAUUGAUAGUAACCUUGGGCCAUGGGGUCCUCUUGCUCUGACAGCUGCUUAUGUUCCUUUGACUAUCUUAGCAGUUCCGGCUGCUGUUCUUACUCUUGGUGGUGGUUAUCUAUUUGGCCUUGUAGUUGGCUUUGUUGCUGACUCUAUUGGUUCAACUAUUGGUGCCGUAGCUGCAUUUCUUCUUGGUAGAACAAUUGGGAAAUCACUUGUUGUUUCUUGGUUGAAGGAUUAUCCACAGUUUAGAUUAGUGACAAUUGCAAUUCAGAGAUCUGGCUUCAAGAUCGUGUUACUGCUUCGGCUUGCUCCAUUUGUACCAUUUAACAUGUUAAAUUACUUCCUGUCUGUUACUCCUGUUCCAUUAGGUGUAUACACGCUGACUUCCUGGUUAGGAAUGAUGCCAAUAACACUGGCACUUGUAUAUGUUGGAACUACAUUCAAGGAUCUAUCAGAUGUGACACAAGGUUGGGGCGAGUUCUCAAAAACUCAUUUGCCUUGGAUCAUUGUUGGCCUGGUGAUAUCUGUGGUUUUGAUGAUAUGGGUUACUAAAGUUGCCAAGUCUGCUUUAGAUAAAGCUUUGGCUGAAUGUGAAGAUAUGGAUGGCACUGCAUCUUCGCCAGAGCUCCCAAUUGUCACUGAACCUUCAGUAGAUCUCAGUCAGCCUCUCAUAAAUAAGACAAAUCCGGAUGAGGACAAUCGUGAAAAGUUGAAAUCCAGUGUGUAAAUUCUUUCCCCCACCCCCACCUUUUACAGCCUUUUAAAAAAAUGAGCUUAAGCAGUAGCUGCUACUUAUUUGUGAUUUGUACAGUUUGACAUUAGAAAUGUAGUUUGUGUCAUAAAUAGUUAGCUAACAGUUAGGAUGAGGUCAUUGAAUAUAUCUAACAGCAGAAAAGCUCAUCAUAUGAACCAUUCCUUAUUCUUUCUGUUGGUUUGUACAUUUUUACUCUAGAUUGUGACUUGAUGUUGGUGCUUUAAUCUCUAUACUUUUUGAACCUUGCACUUACAAAUAUUACUGUUUCAUC